AUGGAUUUACGGAGUCUUUGCAGAGUAAUCUUCGUAACAGCUCUGAUUCCACUUGUCUGUCGGCCAUGUUCUGUCACCGCCGGUGAUAUAGUACACGACGACGAUUCAGCUCCCAAGAAGCCCGGUUGUGAGAACGACUUCGUUCUGGUCAAAGUUCAAACUUGGGUUAAUGGCAUAGAGGAUGCUGAGUUUGUCGGUGUUGGUGCCAGAUUCGGUACUACCAUAGUGUCAAAGGAGAAAAAUGCAAACCAAAGACGCCUUAUUCUUUCUGACCCUCGUGAUUGUUGUAGUCCCCCAAAGAAUAAGCUUGCUAAUGAUAUCAUUAUGGUGGACCGGGGCCACUGCAAAUUCACAACCAAGGCAAAUAAUGCAGAGGCGGCUCAUGCUUCAGCUGUCCUCAUUAUAAAUAAUCAGAAAGAACUCUACAAGAUGGUAUGUGAGCCUGAUGAAACAGAUCUAGAUAUACAAAUACCUGCUGUCAUGCUCCCACAGGAUGCUGGUGCAAGCUUGGAGAAAAUGUUGACAAGUAAUGCAUCAGUGUUGGUACAGCUUUACUCUCCAAAGCGACCACUAGUUGACAUAGCCGAAGUGUUUCUAUGGUUGAUGGCAGUUGGUACCAUAUUGUGUGCUUCGUAUUGGUCUGCAUGGAAUGCAAGAGAAGCUGCUAUCGAACAGGACAAACUAUUAAAGGAUGCCUUGGAUGAAAUUCCCGAUACCAGACAUGUAGCUUCUGGUGGUAUUGUGGACAUUAACACCACAUCAGCUGUCUUAUUUGUUGUUGUUGCUUCUUGUUUCUUGGUUAUGCUUUAUAAGCUUAUGUCAUAUUGGUUUGUUGAGAUCUUGGUGGUUCUUUUCUGCAUAGGUGGUGUGGAGGGCCUUCAAACUUGCAUGGUUGCUUUAUUGUCAAGGUGGUUCAAGCAAGCUGGAGAAUCAUACAUAAAAGUCCCUUUCUUCGGAGCUCUCUCAUAUCUCACAUUGGCUGUUUCGCCUUUCUGCAUAGCAUUUGCUGUUGUUUGGGCUGUUUACCGCAAUGUUUCCUUUGCUUGGAUAGGUCAAGAUAUACUAGGAAUUGCACUGAUAAUCACAGUUCUGCAAAUUGUCCAUGUACCUAAUCUUAAGGUGGGAACGGUUCUACUCAGUUGUGCCUUCUUAUAUGACAUCUUUUGGGUGUUUGUUUCUAAGAAGUUGUUCCAUGAAAGUGUGAUGAUUGUGGUAGCUCGUGGUGAUAAAAGUGGAGAGGAUGGCAUUCCAAUGCUACUGAAGAUCCCACGAAUGUUUGAUCCAUGGGGUGGUUAUAGCAUAAUAGGAUUUGGUGACAUCCUCUUACCUGGAUUACUGAUAGCAUUUUCACUCAGGUAUGAUUGGCUGGCAAACAAGACUCUUCGAGCUGGAUAUUUCUUGUGGGCAAUGUUUGCUUAUGGGUUAGGUCUUCUCAUUACAUACGUGGCACUAAAUUUGAUGGAUGGACAUGGUCAACCAGCACUUCUUUACAUUGUCCCUUUUACACUUGGAACCUUUUUGACCCUGGGAAGGAAGAGGGGUGAUCUACGAAUUCUCUGGACAAGAGGAGAACCGGAAAGACCCUGCCCCCAUAUCCAACUCGAACACCUACACGGUGAAGAGUUGAGCGAAGAAAAGUAAGGCCCCAUUUUGGUAAUUAUAUUGUACAGUUUGUGGUGUGUGGCUGAUCACUGAAAACCUACUGUAGCAAGCUAGCAUAAAUCUUGAUGCCCUUUGAAGCUAGACAGGGCAUGUUAUUAAUUAAAAAUUAGUAUGUCUCAUUCCACAGAGGAAAAACAGAAAGAGUAGUGUGCAUUUGAUAAGCUUCAAAGAAUUGGUUCCGAAAACAAUUUAUAUCUUUCAGUCCCACCACCUGCUUCAUCUUGCUAUAAGUAUUUCCAUCUGCAAUUUUUAGAUUGAGAAAAAGUGGAAGCUGGAAAUGAAAAAUAGUGGAAUUUGAAGA